ACCUGUGUUGUGGUGACAGCAACUGCCUGUGGUUCAUCCCUUCUGUUUACUCUGGGUUCACCAGCAGGAAUGUUUUCCUGGCUGCUCAGGCUAUGUCAGAAAGAGAAUGGCGAUGAAGGAGAGAUCAGAACAACAGAGAAGGAAGAGGGAAUCCUUUCUCAUGAAAAAGGAAGAAGGAAAUCAUUCUGGAGAAGGCACAGGUCUGCUAGAAAUACUUCAACCCAAAAUUCCAAAAUCACUAAGCAGAGAUCAAAAAUAAAUGAACUAGAAGAACUGAAAUUGGAUAUGAGGAAGAUCAGCAAUGACAUAGAGGAAAUGGGUGGAAUCCUGGAACUUUACAUAUAUGAGGAUUUGAACUACAGGAUGAACACUGAAUUCAACAUCAUUAAAUCACAACAUGAGAAGACAAUGUUGGAUAUGAAUGAAAUGAUCCAGUCCAUAAUUGUUUCCAUGCAGUACUCCAAGGAACUGAUAGAAGAUAACUAUUCCUACAGCAUUAAGGAGGACCACCUCCUCCGUGAGUGCACUCAACUCAGCGAAAAAGUAAGGAUAUUACUGAAUGAGAACAGAAAACUGCUAGUGGAGCAGGCUGGAACGCAAUUGUCUCAUGGGGAAGAAAAGAGGUUCUGUGAGGAGGCCAGCAAGAACAUCUGUGCCUCAAGUGCCAAGGAGCAGCAGUGUGUAAACUCCAGUAGAAACCGGAACAUGGCACAGACCACGACAUGAUCUCCCUCAAAGAGAAGUGCUGGAGGAGGAGCACUGAGUGUGCACAGGAAAUACACCACUGUUGCCUCUCAUCCCUAAUAACCAUGGCUGUUAUGGGCUGUAUGCUCCUCCUUUAUUUUGGUUUCUUUGGUCUGAACAGGCCUUAAUUUCAUCUAGCCUGGACUGGAAUCCAGGCAUUUCUUUCUGUUCUCUUGGAAGUCUGCAGGAAGACAGCUCCUGGGACUUUUCUUCCUCCAGGCAACCAAUUCUCCUUUACCCAAGGUGACCCUUGGCGUGUGGCGAGAAGGGGGCUCUACCACAGUGGGCUUUUUCCUGAGUCCAAACCAGAUGCUUCCUUCUCCAUAAUAUUGUCAGCUGGCUUCACUUUUCAUGCUAUUUUAAGCUUUAAUUUUUUUUUUCUCCUUGCGGAUCAACAAUUUUGGUAAUAAAACAAGAAACAAACACUUGUCUCAGGUUAGUAAUAAAGUUGUUGCCUACUAUCUAGAAAUGUACCUGCCUUUUCUUUUUUUCUUUUUUCUUUUCUUUCCUUUCCUUUCCUUUCCUUUCCUUUCCUUUCCUUUCCUUUCCUUUCCUUUCCUUUCCUUUCCUUUCCUUUCCUUUCCUUUCCUUUUUCGUUCUGUAAAAUGUGGCAUUUUACAGGUUGGGAUGUAGUACCGUUGGUGGAGUGUUUACCUAGCUAGUAUAUACAAAGCCCUUGUUUCAAUCCCUAGCACUGUGUAAGGUAGGUUGUGACUCGUGUCUGUAAUCUCAGAACUCUACAGGUAGACAUGUGGGAAGCAGAAAUUCAUCCUCAGCGUACAGUGAGUUUCAGGUUGGCCUGACCCAGAGGAACAUGGAAAAAACAAAA